AUGGUUAAAUUCGACGUCAAGUGCGCGAUCAUUGUGUGCGUUAUGAUAAUUUCUACAACGGCAACAGGGGUGAUGUGUCAUACCACAUAAGUAAAUUUGUUAUCGCUGUAGUGGUAGUAGAUCACGUGUGAUUUUAGGGAUUUAUGUAUAUCUUUUGUCAGUUUGGCCGUUCUGCUCCAGUUCAGUUUUUCUAAGUGCUUGACACGUAAUUGCUGUUGUCAUUCGUGAUGAGAUUUUUUCCUGUGCAUAUAAAGAAAAUUUGAACGUUUAGGGCUCAACACUCACCAAAUAUACAUCAUACUGAUUCUGCUGAAAUACUAGGGCGUAUUGGUUUGUAUAUAUAGUUAGUUUCCAAAAAAAAACGGCCAAUAUAAUGUCGAAGAAAUGUGAUCGCAUUUUAUAAAUGUGUAAUGAGAAUGAACAGGUUUAGCUAAUAGGCCAGGUAAAUAUUGCUUAAAAGUUGUAACAAUUUGUGACUCUCGUACUUAUUACAUGGUUGAUGCAAUCUCCUAUAUUGGAAAGGAACCAGGUAAAACCUCAGCCAGUUACUAUGUUAACAAAUUAACAGAGAAUAUUCAUGGCUUUAGUCGCAAUAUAACUUGUGAUAACUGGUUUAUGUCCAUUCAUUUAGCUAGACAAUCAUUAAAAGAUCAUAAUUUAAUAAUGGUAGUUACUUUGAAAACUGUUUUGAACUCACAAUUCGGGUUUUCUGAUAAGAUCACGCUAGUUUAUUUCAUUCAUGAGAAAAAUAAAUUGAUUUCUACGAUGCACAAUCCAUCGGAAAAGAACAAAGAAUCUAAAAAUCCUGAAGUGAUAGAUUUUAUAAUAUGUUUUUGAGGAUAUUUUAGAUCAAGCGGGGGUAAAUGCUAUGGUACUAUUCAAGAAAGUAGUCCCUGAUAAUAGAGUACGGAGACAAUUGGUCUUCAGCAAGCUACACCAUAAAUGGAGACGCGAUUACAUUCACAGUUUCCUAAGGAACUGAGAGCAAAUAGAAAAAUGCUAUUAGGAAUUGAAGAUCAUAAUGUUUUCUGUUCGCGUCUAGCUGUGAGGUUAGUGAGAAAAAUAAACAUAUAUGAAAGAAAAUUUUCGUCAGAACCUUUAAUUCUAGUCAAAGAAGUGAAUAAUAACUCAGUUGUUACAUUGAAUCGUCCCAAAGCUCUUAAUUCCCUAACAGCCGCUUUAAAUAUCGAAUUAUACAAGGUUUUAAAAGAAUUAGAACAACGAAGGUCGUUAUUGAUAUUAAAAGGGGCUGGAGAUCGAGCUUUUUGCUCCGGUGGAGAUCUUCUUAAAAUAAAAGAAGCGGCGGAAACUAAAAAUAUACAAUACCUAAACGAAAUGACUUUAUAUUCCCACCUCAAUCCUUAUGUAAUUCUUAAAUACAAAAUUCCCGUGAUAGUUUUAAUGAACGGUUUCACUUUCGGGGGCGGUGCGGGGUUGUCAAUUUUCUGUAAAUACAGAAUAGCUACGGAAAAAACUAAAUUCGCUAUGCCGGAAGCUAAAAUAGCUUUUCAUCCGAACGUAGCGGGGACAUUUUUUUUAAAUCGCGCGCCCGGGCGUUUAGGCUACUACAUGGCCCUAACGGGAAAUAGUAUCAACGGAUCGGAUGUAUUGCGUGCUGGAUUCGCGACACAUUUUUGUUUAAGUAAUAAAAUUGAUAAGAUAGAAAACGAACUGUUGAAUUGUUCCGAUGAAAUCGACGUGAAAAACGUUUUGGAAAAUAAUUGUGAGAAAAGUUUUCCGGAGUUUUCUUUGGGUUCGACUAUGGAUAAAAUUAAUGAAUGUUUUUCGGGGGACACUGUAGAGGACAUUUUUUAUAAAUUAGAACAAGAUGGUAGUACUUGGGCAAAGGAAACGUUGGAAAUGAUGAGGAAGUAUUCACCUUCGUGUUUAAAAGUUAUAUUGAGGCAACUACAAAUUGGUAAAAAUAUGAGUGUAGCGGAUUGUUUGGUUAUGGAAUCUAAUCUAACGGUUAAUUUCCAUAAUUUCCCAGAUGCAAUUGAAGGAACUAGAGUUGUACUAGUAGAUAGACAAGAUUCGCCUCAAUGGAAUCCAUCACAAUUAUCUGACGUCACAGAAGAGCUGAUUCAAGGUCAUUUUAAGCCGGCCAUUGGAGAAAAACUGAGAAAAUUUCUUAAUGAAAUCGAUAAUUCAUUAGAAAGAUGAUGAUUUUUUUUUAAUUUUUAUUAUACGAAAAAAUAAAUAUAAUAUUCUGUAAAAUU